AUGACUCCAGUUAUACAUGAGAUCGACCCAGACGCGGAUACGGUCAUAAUCUUACGAUCACCGGGUGAUGGUGAAUACUUCGCUUGGUGGGAUGAUUCACCGUUCGACAACCUUGACAUACUUGACCAACUCCCUUUCAGCAUGACAGAAUGGGACACAAAGAUGACGAUUUCGGACAAUGUCGAAGUUCAUCAACCGCCUGCGAGCACCUUCAGCAUGAAGAGAUUGGAUUGGGUAUUCCCUAGCGUUCCUGAGGGAUCUAUCCUUUACCUUGUCUCUUCACGCCACCUCAAACUGGCGUCACCGGUCUUCAAAGCAGCGCUCUCACCUGGUACCUGGAGUGAGGGAUGCAAGAAGGCAGACGGUCGUUACCAUAUCACAGCAGACGAUUGGGAGGAGGAAGCAUUCCUCCUCUUCAUGAACAUGCUACACCUGCGCAGCCCUCAGAUCCCGAAGUCCGUGAGCCUCGAACUAAUGGCGAAGCUGGGAAUCCUCGUCGACUAUUACAACUGCGCCAGUGCGGUGGAAUUCUUCACUGCGGUCUGGAUGAACAAAAUCUAUGGCGAAAAGAUGCAGGGUGAAUACUGCCGCGAGUCGAUACUGCUGCUUUGGGUUUUCUAUCUCUUCGGGAGCAAAGAUUGUUUCGAUCUCCUGGUUGAGAUAGUGACUAUAUACUGCAACGAGAGCAAACUACGCACCUUGGGUCUUCCGAUACCCCAAUCUUUGUCAGAUGAGAUCGAACAUCGGCGACAUGAGCUUAUCAACAAGAAGCUGUCAUAUCUGCAUUAUAAAUUGACUAUGAACUCCAAGCCGAAUGAACAUAUGCCAGAUAGAUUGCGAGAGACACUGAGGCGAACGAUCGGUGGGCAAAGACGUUCAAGCGGAUAUCCCUACCUUGAGGUCACUGUGGUAGCACUCACCAGGGUCCUUCUUGACUACUCUCAGGAGCAAGUGGAGGCUAUACUCGAACUCGAAGCCACUCGUAUCGAGUGGUUCCGCGCAAACGGCUUCGAGCUCUGCUGGAACAAUGACGAGCUGAGCUAUGAGUAG